AAGACAAAGAACAUGUUUUACAGGAUUUGACGAUGUUAGGAAAUGUCAAGAAUGAUCGACGAGGAGAUUGGAUUAUAAAUAGAGAAAGAUAGAUAAAUAGAUAAGUUAAAAUUAGAACAGUUAAAGGAGGUUUGUGGUUACUACAAGAGAUAACCAUUGUUUCCUGUAUAUACUACUGAUAUACAUCCUCUAACUUAAAACAAGAUAUCUGAAACGUUGCUAAUUUCAUCACAAUCACCUCUACUUCAACAAUCAUGAAUGAUCUUAUUGCAAAGUUCAACUUCUCAAAAGUUCUCACAUCCAACCCCCAGACAAAAAGUAUUGUACUUCUUGGUCAAAUAGAUGGAGAAGAUGCAAUCGUCUCAAUUGAGAAAUCACACUUUAUCUCAUCAGAUGAAUCUCCAAUUGAUCUCACCAAAUUGGUACAAGACCUCCGAUUGAUUCAACAAAAUGACAUCUAUUCAUGGUCCUUGGCAAAUCUUGCUCAGGAUAUCGAGCUGGCUCCAGGUGCCAAACUUAAUGUAGUGUAUCCAGCUACUGAAACACACAUCCGCAAGUACUCACAACAAAAGCUUCACUAUGUUGUAGAAACUCCAGAGAUGUACAGGAACUUUGUUGAACCAUAUAUUGAAACCAUGAAGGGAGAUAGAAUUAAAUGGGUGUACAACAUUUUAUUUGAAGGUAAGGAGGCAGAAUCUGUCAUCUAUCACGAUAAGGAUCCAGAGUCUGGAUUUGUCCUUUUACCAGACAUGAAGUGGGAUGCACAAAACAUGGACUCAUUAUACUUGUGCUGCAUUGUGAAUCGCAAAGACAUUGCAAGUGUUAGAGAUAUUCGUGGUAAGCAUGCCUCAUUUUUGAGUGGAGUUCAACAACGUAUCAAGCAGCUUGUAGAAGAAAAAUACCCUGUCAAAGGCGAUGAAGUCAGGAUCUUUAUCCAUUAUCAACCUUCAUAUUACCACUUCCAUAUCCAUGUGGUCAAUGUCAAGCAUCCAGGCUUGGGUGAUGGUAUUGCUGCUGGUAAGGCUAUCUUACUUGACGAUGUUAUUGAAAAUGUGAAAUUAAUGGAUGAUUACUAUGAAAAGAGAAGGUUGGGAUACAUUAUUGGAGAAAACCAUGGACUUUGGAACUGGCCAGGCUAUCAAGAAGCACAUGAGAAGAAUGGUGGUAAAUAAAUAACUAGAAUACAGUUUCUAAAUAU